GGAUGCUUAAUACCAAGAUGUUUGGAAUCCACUGCGUUAAAUGGACACAGUGGUGACACAGUGUGUGGGAUGUUCAACCUCAUGUGUAAAUGCACUUUGUUGAGCCCCGAGGGGUGCCUGGUGCCAGCUGGGUGCUGCCCACUGCAGAGGCAUUCCCAGGAGCUCGCAGCGGGCCCACGCGCAUGCGUGCACACGGGGAGAGACAGGAAGAAACGUACAGGACAUUCACACGCAGAGGAGACACACGAGGACUCUGAGCCUCUCUCCCCGCCCCGCACCCCUCCUUCUCCCUAAGUCUGGCAUGGAUUUGGAAUGUGUAAUAACAGCCUACAGGGCAAAUUAGAACAGGGAGUGAACUCUCCCCAGCCACAGAGAACAGGGUAGUGUUUGGGGAGGGGAUUGCCACAGACUGGCUGUGUGCGUGUGUGUGUGUGUGUGUGUAUACACACGUGUACAUGCAUGGGUGGGGUGGUGUGGAAGGAGUCCAGGGUUAGGAAUCUAGAGGCCUUCUUCAAGGCCAUUCACUCUCCAUGUGGCCUCCCAGGGCAUCAGUUUCCUCAGCUGUGAAAUGGGACCAGUAGCCCAGUUCUACUCCCCAGACUCUGGGAGAUGGGCUGGGGGAGAGGCUGAGAAGGCUUGGUGAAUGUUGACAUGGUCCGUGAAUGCCAGGCUGCAGUGCUACAUGUAUGUUCCCCGGAGGUGGGAAGACAGUGAGGAGGACAGGUAAACUGGGACUGUAUCCUGAUGGCGAUGAUGAUUAAAGCAUUUAUCAAAUGUUUAUUAGGUACCUGAGAGAUAAUCUGAGCUGCCUGUUACAGCAGCCUGUGGGAUAAAAGCUGUGUUGAGACCUUCAACUUAUAGGUAGGGAAACUGAGGUUCAGAGAGGUUAACAUGGGCCGGUAGUAAUAAUCCUUACCUCCCGGGGCUGUUAAACAAGAUACUGUAAGAGUUUGGGGUGGUGCCUGGCCUGCAGGCCACACUGUCAACUGAGGGGUUAGCGUAGCCCAGGCUCCACAGCCAACUGCCCGGAUUUGAAUCGUGAUUCUGUCGCUAAGCUGCUGUGUGGCUUCAGGCAAGUCACUUACCCUCUCUGAGCCUCAGUUUCCAUAUCUGUUGAAAAUGAGAUUUAUAGUAGUACCUACCCCUGGGGCAGGGUUUUUUAACUUCAGCGCUAUUGACUGGGUUCGAGAUGGAUCAUUCCUUGUGGUGGGGACUCUCUCAUGCCAUGCAGGGUGUUUGGUGGCUUCCCUGGCCUUGACUCACUGGAUGCCAGUCGCCCUCUCUCCUCUGCACAGUGUGACACCAAACAUAUCUCCAGACAUUGCCCAAUGUCCCUGGGGAGCAGAAUGGCCCUUGACUGAGAGCCACCAGUCUCGGGUUGCCAUGAGGGUUGGAUGAGAGUGCACGUGUGAAGCACUGGGGCUGGUCAGAGCAACACAGUCACAGUGAUGAUGGGGUUUCUGUCAUUCUCACUUCGUCAUAAUUAAAAUCCUAAUUUUGAUCAGCAUGUGCCUUGUUCAAGGCUUUGCGCAGCGAAUGGGCAGCUGAGGGGGGAUUUCAACCUGGGGCUGGCUGACCCCAGACCCCCUGCUCUGGAGCCUCAGAAACCCUGAAUGCCGUCAUGGUUGAAUUUCUUAGAGGAGGGGCUGCAGGCAUGGUGGGGGGUUGGAGGGGCCUCCCCGCUGCCUCCUCCAGCCCCUGCAGGACCUCGGAAAGAGUUCAGUAAUUAGGAGGGUGUUAACGGCCCAACUCCUCCCUCCUCUUCCCCUGACCUUGGGGUCCCCAAUGAGGUGAACAGGACUGUGCCUGGGGAAGUCUAAUCUUCGCCCUCAAUGCCUGCAGCCCAGUAGACACCCCUCCUUGCCUCAACAUACCCCCAUUCCUGCAGAACAAAGCCCAGACUCACGCGGCAGCCGCUAGGGGUCUCCGUCUCCCACCUGGCAGGUGGAUGGGAACUGAUGUCUCCUGAGGUCCUACUAGGUGCCGGCACCCAGUGGGCGCUUCAAAUUCCUCAGGUCACUGGCAUCUCCCAAGAACUUUACCCAUGGUUACCCUGGUUUUACAGGUGGGGGAACUGAGGCCCAGGUAGAGGAAAUGAUUUGCCCAAGAUCACACAGAUGAUAAUGAACCAGGGCCAAGAUGGGGACCAGGUACAUCUGACUUCAGCACCUGUGCUCCUAACCCGUCCUUCCUCCUUUGACUAUAAUCAUUGACAGCCCCCAAUUUAAUCCUGGGAUCAACACUGGACAUGCUUGAUCUCAUCUAGUUCUUCCUGCAAAUGUAUGGAAAAGCUAUGACAGUUGUACCCAUUUUACAGAUGAGCAAAUGGAGGCUCAGGUAGCUAAAGUGACUUUCUCAAGGUCAUGCUGCACAUAAAUAGCAGAGCUAGGGGUAGAACCCAGCCUGUCAGACUCGAAAGUCUGGGCUCUCCCUCCCCACGGACGCCCAGAGUGGGGCGCUCUGACCCUCGGUGUGCCCUGCUGCGCCUGCCAAGAGAGGCCCUCUUGUGGUGCCCGGCCUUCCCUCCUGGCAGCCACAAAACAAACAAGGUGGGAACCAAUCUUUAUUUGCUCUUCUGCUAACGCGCUAGGAGGGAGAAACAGAGAAAAGAGGGCUUUUCAGACGUUUCCCCGCAGCCCGGGUGGGAUGGUAGGUGUUCCAGGAAACUCGCCCUUGGUGCCUAGCACUCCCAGCGGUGCGCUGCAGCGGGCAGGGGGCUGACAGCCAGCCAGUGGGGCCCUGUCCCUCCCUUGCUCCUGGCUAAAGGUUGGACCUGGGUUCAAGUCCAGCUCUUCUCCCUGCAAGCUAUGUGAUUGCCCCUCUUCCAGCUUCGUUUUCCUCACCUGAGAAGUGGGAACAGAUAGCACCUUUGUCUUCAGGUCGUCUGUCUGAAUGGCGCCCUUCUAGGUGCAGGGGAUGCAGGAGUGAACAAGACAGAGGACAUUCCUCCCUCCUGGUGAUCACAGCCUGGGAGUUAACUAGCCCCACGAACAAGUGGUCAGGGAGGGCUUCCCAGACGAAGGAAUGAGAGCUGGGAACACAGGUGGGCAGGAGUUAACCUGGCAGAGACGGGAGGGAAGGGGUCAGCGCUUGGUGCCAUGGGGAGCAGAGUUUGUGCGCUGUGAGGAGUUAAGUCUUGGAAACUUGAUUCCUGUCCUGUGAAAUGGGGGUCAGAAUGAUGGUGCUGGGUGAGGAAAUUGGGUGCUACUGGCUCCCACAGUGUGUUCAUGUGUAUUUUCUGAGCACCUACUAUGUCUGAAGCGUGCUUUUAAUGGUUGUGUUUUAGUAAGUGCUUACUAUGUGUCACCUGACACACAGUAAUGCGUGCUUUGUUUCAGAAUCCCCAUUUCACAGAUGGGGAAACUGAGACUGAACCAUCCACCUGCCCAACAUCACACAGUUGCUAAAUGCGGAGCUUGGAUUUGAACCCUGCUCUGGGGGCUCUGAAGCCAGUUUGGCUGGCCAGGAGUAAGCCCUGGGCUCCAGGUUUGGGGUCCCAGCAUGACUCUGAGGCCCUUCCUCCUCCAGCUAAUGUCCAGGGUCUCUGGACCUGAGGCAGACUCGUGUUUCCAGGUCCCUGAAAGAGGCUCCUGUUGCAACUCCUGCCCGGGGGCUGGCGGCCAACCACAUCUGGGAGUGGCCACCCUGCACCCCUGUCAUUACAACGGUGGCUUUGAAGCAGCUGGCAGCAGUGCUGUUUGCCCAUGUGGGAGGGGGCUUCCUGGAACUGGCCUGACUCCCCUCCCAUUCAUUCUCUUGCAGGCCGAGCAGGGCAGACUGGUCCCGGGGCAGCAUGGCAGAUCCCAGCGAAGGCCCCCGCACAGGGCCUGGGGAGGUGGCCGAGCCCCCCGGGGAUGAGAGUGGCACCCCUGGUGGGGAGGCCUUCCCCCUCUCUUCGCUGGCCAACCUGUUUGAGGGGGAGGAUGGCUCCCCCUCCCCCUCACCGGCUGAUACUGCUCGCCCCGCCGGCCCAGGCGACGCACGACCCAACCUGCGCAUGAAGUUCCAGGGCGCCUUCCGCAAGGGGGUGCCCAACCCCAUCGACCUGCUGGAGUCCACCCUGUACGAGUCCUCGGUGGUGCCCGGGCCCAAGAAGGCGCCCAUGGACUCGCUCUUUGACUACGGCACCUAUCGCCACCACCCUAGUGACAACAAGCGGUGGAGGAGGAAGGUCAUAGAGAAGCAGCCACAGAGCCCCAAAGCUCCCGCGCCUCAGCCACCCCCAAUCCUCAAAGUCUUCAACCGGCCUAUCCUGUUUGACAUCGUGUCCCGGGGCUCCACCACCGACCUGGAUGGACUGCUCCCCUUCCUGCUGACUCACAAGAAACGCCUGACUGACGAGGAGUUCCGGGAGCCGUCCACCGGGAAGACCUGCCUGCCCAAGGCCCUGCUGAAUCUGAGCAACGGCCACAACGACACGAUCCCUAUGCUCCUGGACAUCGCGGAGCGCACGGGCAACAUGCGGGAGUUCAUCAACUCGCCCUUCCGGGACAUCUACUACCGAGGUCAGACCGCCCUGCACAUUGCCAUCGAGCGCCGCUGCAAGCACUACGUUGAGCUCCUGGUGGCCCAAGGUGCUGACGUCCACGCGCAGGCUCGGGGGCGCUUUUUCCAGCCCAAGGAUGAAGGAGGCUACUUCUAUUUUGGUGAAUUGCCCCUGUCGCUGGCUGCCUGCACCAACCAGCCCCACAUCGUCAACUACCUGACGGAGAACCCCCACAAGAAGGCGGACAUGCGGCGGCAGGACUCCCGUGGCAACACGGUGCUGCACGCGCUGGUGGCCAUUGCUGACAACACCCGCGAGAACACCAAGUUCGUCACCAAGAUGUAUGACCUGCUGCUGCUCAAGUGUGCCCGCCUCUUCCCCGACAGCAACCUGGAGGCUGUGCUCAACAACGACGGCCUCUCGCCCCUCAUGAUGGCUGCCAAGACGGGCAAGAUUGGGAUCUUUCAGCAUAUCAUCCGUCGGGAGGUGACAGACGAGGACACCAGGCAUCUGUCCCGCAAAUUCAAAGACUGGGCGUACGGGCCGGUGUAUUCCUCGCUCUAUGACCUCUCCUCCCUGGACACAUGUGGGGAAGAGGCCUCUGUGCUGGAGAUUCUGGUGUACAACAGCAAGAUCGAGAACCGCCACGAGAUGCUGGCCGUGGAACCCAUCAAUGAACUGCUGCGGGACAAGUGGCGAAAAUUUGGGGCUGUUUCCUUCUAUAUCAAUGUGGUCUCCUAUCUCUGUGCCAUGAUCAUCUUUACCCUCACUGCUUACUACCAGCCACUAGAGGGCACUCCGCCGUACCCUUACCGCACCACGGUGGACUACCUGAGGCUGGCCGGCGAGAUCAUCACACUCUGCACCGGGGUCCUGUUCUUUUUCACCAACAUCAAAGACUUGUUCAUGAAGAAAUGCCCUGGAGUGAAUUCUCUCUUCAUUGAUGGCUCCUUCCAGCUACUCUACUUCAUCUACUCUGUGCUGGUGAUUGUCUCAGCGGCCCUCUACCUGGCGGGAAUUGAAGCCUACCUGGCCGUCAUGGUCUUCGCCUUGGUCCUGGGCUGGAUGAACGCCCUUUACUUCACCCGUGGGCUGAAGCUGACGGGGACCUAUAGCAUCAUGAUCCAGAAGAUCCUCUUCAAAGAUCUUUUCCGCUUCCUGCUGGUCUACUUGCUCUUCAUGAUCGGCUACGCUUCAGCCCUGGUCUCCCUCCUGAACCCAUGUGCCAACAUGAAGGUGUGCAGCGAGGACCACACCAACUGCACGACGCCCACGUACCCCUCCUGCCGCGACAGCGAGACCUUCAGCACUUUCCUCCUGGACCUCUUCAAGCUGACCAUCGGCAUGGGCGACCUGGAGAUGCUCGGCAGCACCAAGUACCCUGUGGUCUUCAUCAUCCUGCUCGUCACGUACAUCAUCCUCACCUUUGUGCUGCUCCUUAACAUGCUCAUCGCCCUCAUGGGGGAGACGGUGGGCCAGGUCUCCAAGGAGAGCAAGCACAUCUGGAAGCUGCAGUGGGCCACCACCAUCCUGGACAUCGAACGCUCCUUCCCCGUGUUCCUGAGGAAGGCCUUCCGCUCGGGCGAGAUGGUGACUGUGGGCAAGAGCUCGGACGGCACUCCGGACCGCAGGUGGUGCUUCAGGGUGGACGAGGUGAACUGGUCUCACUGGAACCAGAACUUGGGCAUCAUUAAUGAGGACCCUGGCAAGAACGAGAGCUACCAGUACUACGGCUUCUCACACACCGUGGGCCGCCUCCGGAGGGAUCGCUGGUCCUCAGUGGUGCCUCGCGUGGUGGAGCUGAACAAGAACUCGAACCCGGACGAGGUGGUGGUGCCUCUGGACAACAUGGGGAAGCCCAGCUGUGAUGGCCACCAGCAGAGUUACCCGCCCAAGUGGAGGACUGACGAUGCCGCCCUCUAGGCGCUGUGGGCAGGAACAGGGUCCCCUCCACUGCCCACUUCUAGUCCACUUGCAUUUCAGUGGCACCCCCCGGGGUGUCCCCUGCACCCUCCUUCAGCCCCCAGAGGUGAGGGCUGGGCAGAGAUGCCGGGGAGGCCCCAGGACCCUCUGGCUCCCCCACCCCACUCCCCAGGCACCAGGCUCCUGGCCGCCUUUCUCACUCCCAUGGAGUCAGCUAAGCAACACCAGGGCCUCUUUGCCUUUCCAUUUAUUUAUUUGCUCUGCCCUAGGAGAGCGGCACGACCCCUGCCCGGAACUGGAGCCUGGCAGAGGCCUCAGGACCCCGUCCCAGGGGCACCGCGGGCUGAGCCCCCAGCCCCACCCUGCACCCUGGGCCGCUCAGGCCACCGUGUGCUGAAGCGUGGUGGCUUUGCCAAGGGGCCCGCCUUCUGUGUGUUCUGUAGGAGGCCUGGGAUUGUCGGUGCUCAAUAAAUGUUCGUUGAUGGUGGAAAUGGUGGGGACAAUGGUGGGAGGAGCGUAGCAGGCACAGGGUGUUGGCAUGGAGAUGGGAGAGCUAAGAAAUGCCUGCGGGGGGCGGGGAUGAGAACGAGGGGCAGUAAUAAUGACCAAGGUGGUGUUUAGGGUGAUGGUUGGGGGGCUGGACUAGGGGUGGUGGCCUGAGAGAUGGGGGUGAGAUAGAGUGUGAUACAGAAGAUAGAGCUGAAGAGAGGAGGUGACAGUAGGCUGGUGGAGGGAUAAUGGUGCUGGCGGGGUGAAAGUCAGUCUGGUCAGGUUAUAGGAAUGCUGGGAGGGGAUAAUGACACUGGUGGGGGGACAGGAAUGCUCAUCAUGGCCUGGUGACACUGGUGGGGGUAACACUGUGCCAGCGUGGGGAGGACAGCUGCUGGGGAGGGCCAGAGCCGAGGUGGAGAUGACAGCCCUGGAAAUGGGUGUGCCAUCAAGUGUCUGCAAUGGGGGGAUGGUGAGGGUGAGAGUGGCCUUAGUAAGGACAGUGGUGGCGACUGGAGUGGUGACAGUGCUUGUGGAGCCUGGGGUGGGGACGGGACCACGUGCCAUCAGAGCUGUGAAUGUGAGUUGGAGCUGAAGGCUGACCUGCUUCCCUUUCGAGGGCAGCCAUUCUCCCCAGGGUCACACCCCACUGCUGAUCAAGCCCCCUGGUUAUGAGGAGGGACCCCACAGACACCGCAUCCUGCUGCUCCACCCUGGAGCGGAGGAACCUGCAGUCAGCUGAAGUUGCCCUCUGACCUCCCAGGUCCCUGCUCGGAUGAGGUCUGAGGUCCCCUCUGAAGCUUCAGUUGAGAAGCGUUUGGGUCUCUGAGGACCGGGCCAAGGGCGGCUUCAGUGGGAGAAGCACAGGGCAUGGGGUCUGCAGACAUGGGCUUGCCCCUUUGGCCCAAACUGUGGCAAUGGGUCACUUUACUCCUCUGGGCCUCCAAGUCCCCAUCUGCCGGAAGGAUGAGACUCAGUUACUUGAGGGACUGGAGUCUAUUCAGCAAAAGGAGAACCAAGCUGACAUGAAUUGUGUUGCCACUGAGGGUGGCUGGGGGGCGCCAACCUUCCCAUGGACCCAUUCUUUCCAUCUCCCUCUACGUUGCCUUCCAGGGGCUGAUGGGCUCUCCUUGUGGUCCACAGAUGACCCAGCUCCUCCCAGGGCGGCAGGCUUCCUCAUUCCAACCCAACACAUACACACACACAGAUGGUCCUCACCCAGCAUUCUCAAAGGAGGUCCCAAGAGCCAUUCUGAUUGGACGGACUGGGGUCACAUGUCAUGCCUGAGCCAAUCCCGUGACUGGAGGUGGGGAUGCCCUCCCUGACUGAGCCAAGCCUUCUGGGUAAUGGUGGGUAGGUCCUAAACGUUGAGCCUCAGUGUCCUCAUCUGUAAAAUGGGGCACAGCUUUUCAUGAAGAUCAAGUAGUUCCCUGGGCUUUUCAAGGAAGAGACGAUUGUGGUUGUAGUGUUUGUAUAGCUAUGUGCUUGGGGCAGCAAGUCACAGAGAACUUGAAGGAAAGAAUGUUUAUUGUCUUAGCAGGAAGUCUUCAAGUUAGGGAGGGCAGGAAAGCUGGUGAAUUCAGUCUCUGUGAUUCAUGAAGGGUUCAGCCAGCUCCUUUAUCCCUCCAAGCAUUUAUCAGGUACUGAAGGUACUAAGCUAGGCACCACCCACCAGGUGUGCUGGCUUUUUCUUCACACGGGCUUCCAUCGAAGACACAAGAUGGCGCCACCAUAUCAGGCAUCGCAUCCAGAGGAAGAAGGAGAGAUGGUUCUUCCUGGGUCUCUUUUAAUGGGAGAGGAAACCUUUCCCUGAAGUCCCCCAGCCAACCUCCCUUCUUGUAUUAUUGGCCAGAAUUGUGUCACGUGUCCCACGCUCCAGCCAAUCAGCAGGCAGGAAGCAGCAAUUGCCCUAAAGAAGAAGAAGGCAAUAUGGAGGAAGGUAGUUUCCCCAGCCUGGUCUGAGUUGUGUGGGCAAGGAGGGUGGGGAAACCAGGAUUGCCUAGGCGGCCAGUAACAGCUUUUCCCAGAUGCCCACCCUCCCCUCCAUCUUUCUAGUUGGAGGGUGGGCAACACUGUCACGGAAAAUGACAGUGACUCAUUCUGGGGCUGUAAAGAGAUUGUUUCUCUAGGGGCCUAUGGGAUGGGCUGGCCCAUAAGAUCAAAACACCCUUUCAGCUCAAAAAGACUCAAUCGAUUAUUGAGGUGAAUGCCUCAUUCACUGAUUUUUUAAAAAUCAUGAAAUAAUUAUAGGCUAUGAAUUUUCCUCUGAGGACAUUUUUAGCGAAAUAUAUAGUAACUUCUUCUACCGUGAUUUUCUAACUAUUUGAUGGUUUGGGUGUUGAUCUUCAAUAAUUCAAAAGCAGUUUAGGUGGGGAUUUAAAGUAUUUUCAAGUCUUUGAGAUUUCGUGUUCCUGUAAGACCUUAAAGAUGACCUUUCCCAUUGUCUUUCAGCAUAUAGGACAUGUGCUGGUGGUAUGCCAAAAUAUUUCCAGGGGACAUACUGGACAUAGAAUUACUUAGAGGAAAACAGCCUUCCGACGGGUCUCAGUUUGAUGCUUCUGGAAUUUUAAUACCGUUCCAAUACUUGCUAAUCUCUCUUUAAUGGAGAAAAACCUCAGGCUCAGAAUCUCUGAAAGGCAAAGCUAGAACCAGCGAUGGGGUUAGCUUCUCCUGGGCCACAGGGACUGAGGAUAGAGAGGGGCAGUUCCUGAGGAAAGUUGGAAUGUUGAUACCUGUGCUAGACUGUGUUGGCCCUGUGAUGGCCCUGACCCCUCUUUUAGCCAUUCCUUUGCAGUAUAGCUUUGUCUUUCCACAGUGGGUAAAGCAUGACUUUGCACCCCUGGGGUUGGUCAUGUGACUUUUUUUUUGGCGGGGUGUAAUUAGGUUUGUUUUUAGUGGAGGUACUGGGGAUUGAACCCAGGACCUUCUGCAUGCUAAGCAUACACUCUACCACUGAGCUAUACCCUCCCCCCACCAUGUGACUUGUUUUAACCAAUGGGAUGUUAGUGGACAUGCCCAAGCCAGCCCCCAAGAGGAGGAUGAGAGACACGUGGAGCAGAGCUACAUCAUCCCAGACAAACCUCGCUGAGAUCAGCUGCAGAUGCGUGACCCCCAAAAGUUUCUUGUAUGCCGCUGAGUUUUUGUGAUUUUUUUUUUUCACGUGCAGGCAUCAAUUUUGUGGCAAUAGCUAAUGCGUACAGACAAUAGAAGAAAGUAAGUAGAACCUGGUCAGGCCAAAAAGACUGAAUGUCCCCUGCACUCUACGUUAUAGAUGAAGAAACAGUCUCAGAGACAGGAAACCUCUUGCCCAGGGCAUCUGGCUUGUAAGUGAUAGAGACAGAAUUUGAACCCAAGCAUUCUACCCGCCAGACCCCAUCGUGGAGAGAAAACACUCUGACCCCUGAGGGGUGAGAGGUGAUGAGGUCAGGUCAGUUCUGCAAUGAGCAAAGACCCUGGCUGUCGCCUGCCACUCUGGCUGAGUCCCUGGGACUGUCUCCUCGAGACACCCUCUCCUUUUGAACAUACCCCCUAACUUCAUUCCAACAAGGAUUUCUUACUAUGUGCAUGUAUGUGUAUUUAAUAAUGAUAAAGCACUUGUAUGUCAUAUUUGACAGCGGGGCUUUUUUCAUCCCAAGUUUAAAGCACUACUGGGAAAUAAUUAGUGCUACCAGAGUCAAAAACAAUGGGACCCCAUCAGAAAAGACAGUCUUAGAAACUCUCGGAUCUUAAUUGAACAAUUACCUCUUAUGCCUAUGAAUAGCUCAUUAUUACAAGCCCUGUUAUUAUUAGCUGUUAUUAUUGUUUUAGAUGAAUGCUGGGGAUUUUUUUUUUAAUCAAAAGCCAUUUUCAACCAUACUGUUCAUCUCCCCCCCCGCCUCCCCCCGCCCCGCGUACGCAUGCUUCUGACAUUUCCGAAUGUAAUAAUGUUGUAGUCAGCAGUCGAUCUCUACACUUCGCCUGGAUAACGGUGUCUUCUGAUCACUUGGGUUGUUUGGACGGGGUGGUUAGUUACUCCAGGGCUCUCUUCAUACUGUUACUAAUUUUCGACUCCCUGGUGAAAGCAUUUGCAUGAGAAUCCAGCACUUCCUGUCUUUUAUUUUUUAGGAAUCCAAAGUCAUCCGGGACAAAGUGAUCCUUGUUCACCCCCAAGCUUUUGAGACAGAAACAAAAGGAGAUGGUGGUGAUGGAACCAGAGGACAGGAUAGAGGGGGCAGUGGGGCAGGGAUGUAGGGCGGGAGGCUGGGUCAGGAGAGGCCAGGCUGGGAGUCCUGUGUUCUCAGAGGGAAGCACAGAAAGGAGGGGACAAAUGGACACACAUAAAGCAUCUGCCAUGUUUUCGGUGCUGUGUUCAGUGUUUGGUAUUCAUAUUUCAGGAACCAUGUGGGAGCUUAUAUACUGUUAUGAAUGCCUCUCCAGAAGUUGUGACUCUCUUCCUGAUUCACAGUACCUCAUUUUGUUCAGGGUACUCCACUCUGCUUCAUGGGCUUCCCUGGGCCAACUACUGUGACUCUCUUUGCCUUACUAGGUAUUAGUGUGGGAAUAGCCGUGGGAACAAGUUCUGACCCAUGAGACAAAAGGAGAAGUCAGCUGCAGGAGGAGGAGUUCUGGGGAAAUAAGAGAAAUAUAAGAAACACUUUCUUCUCUUUUGCUGGGCACUUUCAGGUCUGGGUGUGAUGCCUGGAGUAGCAGCAGCCAUUUUGUGACCAUGAAGGGGCUUGGUGGAACAGAAAGACGAAAAGGAUGUGGGUCCUUGAUGAUACCAUUGUGCUAUUGAAUUAACCAACUUUGGAGCCACUUCAUCUUAAGGCUUCUUAUAAUUAUUUGAGAUCAUUUUUUUUUCAUUUAUACCAGUGAGUCAGAGUUUCCUAUUACUCUGCCAAAAUCAUGAAGAUACCAGAACAAAAUUUUUUGCCUAUUUUACAGAUGAAGAAAGUGAGACCCAGUGAAGUAAACGCACUUGCCUGGAUGCGGUGGAGUCAGGAUUUGAACUCACUGUCUUAGGAGGAGGUGCCUGUUUGGGGCAGGGAUCAGGGGCGGUGGCAGGAUUUUUUUUUUUUUAUAUAGCAAUCUGGCCUUUACACAGCAUGGGCACAUUCUGUUUCUCCACAGCAAUAGGCUGUGAUGGCUUCUAACAGGUGAAGUUAGGUGGACCUGGGACUCAAACCCAAACAGGUCCCCACACCCCAGCUCAGAGUCCUCUUGCACCUCAAGGUGUUCAGUAACAGCAGAGACUCUCCCUCGCUCUUAGCCCCCCCCCCCCCCCCCAGUUUGGGCUGCACCCACUGGGUCCCACAGAUUCGUUGGUGGGGUGGCUGAUCCUGGAGAUCUGCCACCAGGGGCUGCUGUAGUCACACCCAUGAGAGGAGGCCUGAGGGAAACUUGGAACCUGGGGACCAGGGUGGGAGGAGCCCCUGGGUGAGCUCCCUGUUAGGUGUGUCUUGAGGCUGUAAGACUCGGGAAACCCCACCAUCACCACUCGCCACCCUCACAAGGAGAAAAAGAGAUCUGUAUCUGCCUCUGAAGUCUAAGGCCUAAUGGCUGUGUGCCCUCAGGCAAGUUGCCUCCCUUCUCUGAAACUCACUUUUCUUAUCACCUGUACUUCUCAAAUGAGGGCUUCCUCUCUCUCCCUGGGGGGCUUCCCCCUCCUUUGGGCCUAGCUCUACAUGGUAGACAAAGACCAGGUAGGACGUGAGGCCCAGUGACUCCAGGUUGGGGUUGGAAUCCAGUUCUUGCUCUGCUGCAAACUCAUUAGGAGCCUUUGUAUUGCAACUGGGGAAACCAAAGCCCAGUGAGGAGAAGGGACUUACUCAGUUUCCCCAGUUGCAACCCAAGAGGUAGGACUCAGUCUUCCCUGAAGUCUGGCUUAUACUUAGGGAUGUUAACAGAUAGAAAUAAAAACUUAGGUGAUGGAAAAAGCUAGGGAAAUGCUGAGUUAAAGCUGGAAGGCUAUCUUGCCUGCAGGACUUUUCAGAGCCUUUAAUGUGCUUAUGUGAUUUGUGCAUCUCAAGAUCAUGGUGGGGAGGAGGAGAUAGACAUCUGUUUUCCAAACUAUUUUAACAUAGAAACCCACUUUCCAACGUGAAAACCAGCUAGACCAGGCGAUGACAGAAAUAAUACACCUAACAGAACAGGUAGUGUUCUGUUCUGCCCAGCAGAUUUGACUACCCGUCUCCUACAUUUAACCGCACAUGGCAAGUGCUUUGUAAUAUUAGUAUCACUUUACAGUUGAGAAAUAGGUGGCUCAAAGAGGGGCAGUCACAUGCCAAAGGCCAGCAUCAGGACUGGACCCACUGGGCCCCACUGCACUCAGGGGGUUCCACUCACAAGACUGAUUUGCCCUGUCAUCCUGAUCACACAUCACCUGAUGCCGUCCUCGUCCUUCAAGUGCCACCACUCCCUUUGACAGUGGCUCAGAGAACUGGAAAUGAGGCUCAGAGUGGCCACGCAAGUCACCCAGGGCCACACAUGGAGCCUAUAGGAGACUGAGGCCAGUUUUCCUGCCUCCCCCCCCCACCAUCCUGCCGCUCUUUGGCGAGCUGGUGAUAGUGGUGAUUUAAACAAACAAACAAAAAA